AAAACCUUGUCAGGCAUUCCUUUUCCCUUUGCUUUUUAAAGAGCCUUCUAAUGCAGGGGACUUUUUUUGUCCAGUUAUGAAACUUUUUGUUGUUGUAGCACUCUGUUGUAGCUUUUUUUCUGCUAGAGCCACCCCUCUCCCAUUUGAAUUUUUGGACUGCGAUGACCCAGAUGUCUUGGAAGCUGUUGACACAGCACUGCAGAAAUACAAUGGAGACAGCACUACUAGUAAUCAAUUUGCUCUGUACAUGGUGAUGGAAGCCAAGAGAACAGUAGGUCCUGCCAAACAAUUGCACGUGAAAUAUCAGGUACGAGAGACCACUUGUGCCACUGAGGAAAACAAACUGUGGAAGGACUGUGAUUACAAAGCAUCUGCAGAAGCUAAAACAGGAGAAUGCACAGCUCAAGUUCACAUGAAUAACGCUGAAAAAAUAAGUAAUGUUUCACAAGAUUGCAAAAUUGUUCCAGUUCAACCAAUGAUACCAUCUACUCAGGGAACCUGUCUUGGAUGCUUUCAUUCGAUACCAAGUGACAAUUUACAAGUGUUAGAAAUUCUGAAAAAAGCCAUUGUAAAGUUCAACAAGCACAGUGGUGAAACUGUCCUUUUCAAACUUGUGGGAAUAACAGAAGCUCAAAGACAGGUGGUAGCUGGAUGGAAUUACAUAAUUAAAUAUGAAAUCAAGGAAACAAAUUGCUCCAAAGACCAAUUUCAAGAUUUAACUCACGAAUGCAAAACCACUUCUGAAGGUCGUAUAGGCAAAUGUGAUGCCAAAGCAUAUGAAAAUCUUCGGGCAGAGAUUGUAGAUAUUGCAAGCCAGUGCAACCUUCCAGCUGAAGAAGUGGUAAAUCCUCCCACUCGUGUUUGUGCUGGUUGUCCAAGUGCCAUCCCAACUGACAGUGCAGAAGUGAAGGAACUACUGAAGGUUGCUGUGGAAAAGUUUAAUUUAGAGACCAAUGAUGACUUCUACUAUCAAGCUGCAGAAAUAGAAUCAGCGACAGUUCAGGUGGUUGCAGGACAAAACUACAACCUAGUAUUUUUUGUCCAGAAGACAAACUGCUCAAAAAAAGAAUUUGAAAAGCUUAAUGAGGACUGUGAAGCCACAACAGACAGUCUACCACUGCGCUGUGAAGCACAAAUUUAUGUGGCCCCAUUGGAGAAAAAAAUCAUCUCUCAGGUUAACUGCUCUCAAUAUCAGCUAAUGACCGCGAUGGUGAGAAGGCCUCCAGGAUUCACUCCUUUACGAAGCUUUGUUCAACUACCACAGGUAGUUGGAACUCCAGCCUCCAAUACAAAUGAAGGAGAAAGUCAAAGAGCAGGUGAAGAAAUAAGACAAGAUGACAGACAGGGACCAGAUGGCAAAGUUGAACCUGGGCACAAACACAGGCAUAAACUUAGGCACGGAUUGAAAAUGGAUCAUGAAUUUGCCAAAAGGCACAAGCAGGAAACUGACUGUGGGCCCAGGAAGGGCCACAGGUGUGGACAUAGAAAACACAUUAAAAAUGGUAAACACAAACAUCAUAAACCUGAAUCUUCUGAGGAAUCCAGUGAAAGGGUUUUUAGUCCAAAAGAAACCCUCCCAUCAUCUGCUGCUGAAGCAGCAUUAGAGCUCCUCAGUGCAGAGUUUGUAAGGACAGAAAUCGAUACUCCUACAGAACCAGUGUAUUCUCCUGAUAUCUCUUCAUUUAAUGGGAUGCCGGAGGAUCACACAGAAUCUCCUCUCCCCAAGUGCCCUGGAAAACCUUGGAAACCAAUUCUGGACCUGCCCAUUCCUCCCAGCCUUCCCAGAGAAUUCAUGAAUGAGGAUCUCUUGCCUUCCGUUGCAGAAAACAUCGACCUUACAACAGAAAACCCACCACCCCCCCAAAAUGAAGGGAUGAGCUUUGAUCUUGCAGAUGCAUUAGAAUAAUUCAAGCAUCACAGGAUCCUCUCCAAAAGCCCCACAGAGAAAACCAGAGAAUAUUUGCCUUUUGAAAUAUAUGAGAUCUAAGAGGCAAAAGCUCCCAUCCAGUUAGCUGAAAUACUCGAGUUGGUCAUCAAUGCUCCGUGUCUGCUUAACUGAUGCACAUCUGGCAAAAACGUACAUCAGGCAUGGCACCAAUGAUUCAGAAGCUGUCCAGUAAAGGGACUGGGCAAAUCAAUAGCUUUCAGCCUCCAAAGUCCCAGUCACAACCAUCACAUCUGCCCCGUGUUGCUAUGAGCACACAGCGAACUACUGCGUCAAAUUUCACUAUAUUAUGUUUAAAAAACAAAGAAUUUUGCAGAUUACAUGAAGAAUUUCAACCAAAUAUGCACAACACAAAAUUAAACCACUACAGAGCAAGGAUGCCUUUCUUAGAUAUCUGAAAUUACAUUUCUCUAAUUUCCUGGAGCGAAUCUUUCGAAGAGAAAAUAAAAUAAAGGAACCAA